AUGAAGUUCCGGCGAUCUCCGGCGGCGGCGAAGGCGAAGGCGCCGACAUGCCAAGCCGGGGCCGGGUCGGGGGCUGCGGCGGCGGAGAGCGUGGACGCGGUGACGGUGCGGUGGCUCCAGUACGCGGGGCUCCAGCACCUGGCGUCGUCUGCCGCCUCCGCCGACCACCACUGCCGCCUCCGCUCGCUCCUCGCACAGGGUUAUGGAGCUCAGAUCGCCGAGGGCAAUCGCCUACUCUCUAGUCUAUUGACGAACUCGAAUUUUAGUACUCAGUCAGGUCCUGACGCGUACGACGCUAGUUACACUACAGAACAAGAUGUCGCGACUGAAGGCGCGAUACAUGGCUCUUGCUCACCUAAACUUACGGGAAAGUUAGGGACUGGGCUUCUCGAUCUUCAUGCUAUGGACGACACCGAGCUUCUUUCUGAGAAUGUGAUGGCUGAACCGUUCAACCGUUCACUUUUUGCGCCAUCAAGGGGAGCGAGUAAUGAUUUUGAUUCCGCAAUCAGGGAGCAAAAUUUAGAAGGCCGGUCAGAUUGCAAUUACAGAGCAUCGGUUGGUGCGAAGGAGAUUAUUGCCUCGAAGGAGAAAAAGAUGGCUAAGAUUCGCGUUGUGGUUCGUAAAAGGCCCCUCAGUAAGAAGGAGAUUUCUAGGAAGGAGGGCGAUAUCAUCAGUGUAGACGAUAAUGCGCAUAUAGUUAUACAAGAGCCUAAAUUAAAGGUAGAUUUGACCGCGUACGUGGAGAAACAUCAAUUUCGGUUUGAUGCUGUUCUGGAUGAGAAUGCCACCACUGAUGAGGUUUACAGCGUCACAGUGGAGCCAAUUGUACCAGCAAUCUUCCAGCGAGGAAAAGUGACAUGCUUCGCAUUCGGGCAAACAGGCAGCGGCAAAACCUUUACAAUGCAACCCUUGCCCCUAAAAGCUUCAGAAGAUAUUUUUCGAUUGUUGCGUCAGACGAACUACCGCAAUCAGAACUUGAAAUUGUGGCUCAGUUACUUUGAGAUCUAUUGCGGGAAGCUUUUCGACCUUCUUAAUGAUAGAAGGCAAUUGUGCAUGAGAGAAGAUGGCCGUCAGCAAGUGCGCAUCGUCGGAUUGCAGGAAUACGAAGUCUCGGAUAUGCAGAUUGUUGAAGAACUUAUCCAGAAAGGAAAUUCUGCGAGAGUUACAGGGUCUACCGGAGCCAAUGACGAAUCAUCAAGAUCCCAUGCUAUUCUACAACUGACUAUUAAGGACCAGGACGACGUAAAUGACGCAAAAAGAAACAGUAAAAAGAGUGUGUCAAAGGGCGGCAUGCUUGUUGGCAAAAUAUCGUUUAUCGAUCUCGCUGGAACGGAACGUGGGGCUGACUCUAUCGACAGUGACCGAAUUAAAAGUACUGAGGGAGCUGAAAUCAAAACAAGCCUCUUGGCCCUAAAGGAGUGCAUCCGAGCCCUCGACAAUGAUCAGGUUCAUAUCCCCUUCCGCGGGAGCAAACUAACUGAGGUGCUUCGCGACUCUUUUGUCGGCAAUUCGAGGACUGUUAUGAUAGCUUGUAUUUCUCCGAGUACAGGUUCCUGCGAGCCUACCCUGAAUACCUUGAGAUAUGCUGAUAGGUUUAAAAGCCUGUCAAAGGAGUCGCCUUUAGCACCACCACUUCGUUUCUUAGUCGAAUCGGAGGAUACUUACGAGCAAAACAAUGAAGAGGAAGAAGAUACUACAAUCUUUAGGCGGAAAAUAGAAAACAACAAAUAUGAUCCUAUGCCUGAGAAUAGUAAUAACUCCUUCAGGUUCGAGCCAAACUACGACUAUAGCAGAAGGGAAGUAGGUGGGACCAGUUCGAAUGUGCUCGAGAUUUAUCAACAUAACAGACAAAAUACUUCUUCUGGCUAUAAAACACAUGCUACAGCACAGUUUUCGCUGAAUAUCUAUUACAACGAAAAGCCCAAACUCAAAGAGAAACACUCUUGUUCUUCGAAGGAUUGUGGGUCUAUAGUUUCUCCUAAAGGCUAUGAAAAACAGCAGAUGCAUGGUUCUUCUUCGAGUACCGCAGUAAGCCAAUAUGGUGAGGAAGGACCGCGCCGUGAGGAGGAGAAAGAUGAUCUAAUAACUUCUCGUUGGGACGAGAGAGAAAACAUAACAGAUAUUGCCUGCGAUGUUUAUUCAACAACCAAGAGUGUGAGCUCAGAGUCGAGUUCUCUUUCACUUGCGAUGGGCCGGAAUGACAUGCAAAGUACUUCCAAUGAUUCUUCUACUUAUAAAUUAGGCUCGACAACACCAAGAUCAUCGGAUAUCCACGAGAAUGAGAAUGUUUCAUCAGUCUCCUCACCGUCUAGAAACUUGAUGAGGGACGAAAAAAGCGAGAUAAGGAGCAACUCGCCUAAAAGAGAAAGUGGGUCUAAAAUGGCCGCAAAGAGCCACAUAAAGAAUCAGAUACAUGAUCCUUGUUCGAAUACUUCGGUAAGGCAAUAUGAAGAGGAAGCUCCAUCUCAGGAUUCUAUGCCUGAGGGGGACAGUAACUUAUCCAGCUUUAUGUCUGAGGACAACUCUAAUGAAAGGAAAGAUGAUGGUAUUGCUUACGAUAAGCUCGAGAAGGGUCAAAAUAACACACAAGAUACUCGUGGCUGUACAUCCAAUAAUGACAAACCGGAUUACAGUACGAACUAUUCACUGCCUCAGGAGCAAGAUAUCAACGCCAUAGUCGAGGAAAAGGAUCCUCGAGUAUCGUCUUACUCGGAAUGGACAAAAACUACACUUAAUAUUAUGCAUGGAGUAAGUUCAACUACCGAUAGUUUCAGCUCGAAAUCUGGAAACAACUCUAGCAGAACAGAAGACGGCAGUCCAAGAUCCCCCACACUUGAGAUGGCCACGAAUGACAUAGAAAGUUCUUAUUGUAAUAAUUCGACUUGUAAAUCAGAUUCCAGUAUGCAUGGUACACUGAAUUUGCAUGAGAGGGAAAACAGCCCAGCAGUUUCCUCACCUUCUAGAGAAUUAAAUGAGGAAGAGAAAAGUGAGAUUCAGAUCAGUACUAAGAAAGAUAGCGCAUCUAAAUUGUUCCCCAAAAGUCAUGAAGAACAACAGAUACGCAAUCGUGGUUCAAAUAUCUCAGUAAGCCUACAUGAAGAGGAAACUCUGUCACAGGAGCGCGAAAUUAACCCAGAAGAGGAUGCUCUGAUAUCUGCCCAUGUUAAUCUACUGGAAAAUACAAUGGAUCUUAUGCAUGAAGAGAUGAAGCUGCUUGUGGAAGUGGACAAACCGGGGAGCCCUAUCGACAAAUAUGUGGCGCAGUUAAGCCUUUUGCUAUCUCGCAAAGCUGCCGAUCUCACCAACCUUCAAGAACGACUGGUGAAGUUCCAGCUCCAUCUCCAGGAUCACCGAAUUCUCAGAGAUAACAACAUUUCCUAAAGCCUUGCUGGUUAUAUGAUCUCCCGACGCCCUCGCCUGCUCCUGACCAUAUAGUAACAUACUGUAACUGUAAAGAAUUUCUUACAUUCAUGGCAUUCAAACUGUGUAACUCGAGUAGAGAACCACGAAAUUUAGUUCCUUGGACAAACCCUUUCGCCAUAUCCUAAUGUUAAAGCUGCAUCAUUUUCUCCUCCCAUUCUUGGAACAUAUGAAUUGCUAUAUUAUUAUGUAUAAUGGAUCUUCCUGAAUACAAAAAAUCGAGAUGAUUGGUUCUUCAGAGGCUAGCUUGUGGUGCAGAUAGCAAAUUGCCCCAGUAUUGCAGCAAUAUUGAUGACUGGGUUGCUAUAAAAUUUCUCAAAUUGCUCACUUGGGAAAUGGUAUAAUACACUAACUUCACUGAACUACCAUAACAACUCCGUGAUGAUUCCAUCCCGAUCACGAAAGGUAGCAGAAUAGAAACAAAGUUGACAAGUUUACUGAGACAGUACAAAAGGC